ACCUUAGCUCUUGGUACAAAUUUAUUUCGAACUUUCUGUGUGUAUGAGUCUUCUUUAUUCAAACACUGGUAAAAGGAUGAAUCAUUCACCGGCUUUGUACAAAAUCUGUGCUGUUGAAGUUUCUUUUGGACGAUAUUGUACUUUCUAUUAGAUCGAUUUCAGUCAGUCUAGGCACGAGCUUUCGUAAAUUCUCUUAUACUACGUCAGAGAAUGAAAGAAACAAGGAUUAUCGUGUUUGUCGAAAUUUAAUUACCAUUUAAGUGACACGUUACAAAAAACAGUUAUUAUUAAUGUAUAUGUCCAGUUAAGAAAUCGUAGGCUGCAUUUUGUGUACGAUUCCGUCUUUCGGCCACAUCAUUUCUAAGUUGGUAGUAGCGCAUGUCUGCAUCAGGACAGAGAAGCCCCAGAUGUGUAGCGGGUGGUAUCAGGAUAGCACCAAGGCGUAGUCAUUCUGACACCUACAGUGCCUGGUGUACAGCAUAUUCAGUGGUGGUGUUCCCAAAGUAAAACAAAUCCCAGAAUGAUUUAUCAACGGUGUUUUGGCAGUAGUUGCUGAUAAUGUCGUGACUUGGCGAAAAUUAUUAUGUGAGAUAUUAACGUUCUCCGUUAUCUUGAUCCUAGUCGAAGUAGGUCAUCUGAAAAUAUGACUUAUUGACCUCUCGACAAAUGCCACUGUCUCAUAAUGUUCAAUUUUGAUAAAUAAUGUGAAAUUAAAUAUCUUGUAAAUAAUAUGGCAUUUAAUUUAGCAAAGUGUUGUUUUGAUUCAGAGUUGCCAGAUGUUUUGGAUUCUGUGAUUCAGAAAUGCACUGAUCCCGGAUGUUGCUGUGGGUGUUGUUCAGCAUUGCGGCCCCGUUACAAGCGGCUUGUUGAUAAUAUCUUCCCAGUCAAUCCCCAGGAUGGAUUGGUUAAAAAUAACAUGGAGAAGCUGACAUUUUAUUCACUGUCAUCUCCAGAAAAAUUGGAUCGCAUUGGUGAAUAUUUGUUCCAGAGAGCUAGCAGAGACAUUUACAGACGGCGAAAUGGAUUUGUUGUCAUUGCUAUGGAAGCUAUGGACCAGCUGUUGGUAGCGUGCCAUGCGCAAACACUCAACCUGUUCGUAGAGAGCUUCCUCAAGAUGGUGCAGAAACUUCUGGAAUCUACUGAUCCACAGCUUCAGAUUCUUGCCACCCAGUCAUUUGUGAGGUUUGCUAACAUUGAAGAAGAUACUCCAUCCUAUCACCGGCGUUAUGAUUUCUUUGUAUCCAAAUUCUCUUCUAUGUGUCACAGUAAUCAUAAUGAACCUGAACUUCGAGACAAAAUUAGGGUUGCAGGCAUCAAAGGUUUACAGGGUGUGGUCAGGAAGACCGUAUGUGACGAUCUAGUUGAGAACAUCUGGGAAGCAGUUCAUAUGGACAAAAUAGUUCCAUCUCUUCUUUACAACAUGCAGAAUUCAAGGUAUCAUGUGAAGGAAGCUGAUACUCCGGAACCUCCACAAGAGGAGCACGCUGACCCUCCUACUUUAGCUGAAACCUGUAUGAGAGAGUUAGUGGGAAGAGCAUCGUUUGGACAUAUUCGUUGUGUCCUGAGACCAGUACUCAGACAUUUAGAUCUCCACGAGCUUUGGGUUCCAAAUCAAUUUGCACUUCAUACCUUCAGGAUUAUCAUGUUUUCAAUUCAGGCACAGUAUUCCUACACUGUGAUAGAAACAUUGAUGUCACAUUUGGAUGACAACUCAAAGUCAAACCCCAAGAUUCGAACUAGUAUAGCAGAUGUAUUGUCCAAAAUAAUUUCAAUUGCUGCGGGUGAAAGUGUUGGUCCAUCAGUGCUGGAGAUUAUCAAUUCUUUACUGAGUCAUUUACGAUUGUCAGUUACUCGUGAGGACCCUUCUGAUGAACCUCAGGCUCAGCGUGCUGAAAAAUUAUACCAAGAAGCACUCAUUAAUGCACUGGGAGAAUUUGCAAACCACUUGCCAGACUACCAGAAGAUAGAGAUUAUGAUGUUCAUCAUGAGUAAAGUUCCUUACCCUGCACUUGAUCAUCUCCGAGGAUUUAAUGGCCCUGGAGAUGUGCUAUUGCAGAAUAUUCUGCUCAAGUCAUUACUAAAGGUUGGCACAAAGUAUCAGACGAUACACUUCAAUACUACUUUCCCAAUGUCUUUCUUGGAGCCUUUACUUCGUAUGUCACUGGCUGCAGAUCCUGAUAUGCGUUUGCUUGUACAGAAAAUCCUACAUACGUUGAUUGAUCGACACCAUAACUUAGAGAAGUUACUUAAACCUACUGUAAAUAUUGGUGAUCUGGAACUUGUACUGGAAAAGAGUUCCCGCCCAGACAUAAUUUUUAUCCGGAAGCAUGGUCCAGAGAUUUAUCGUAGUCUGUAUGAGAGCCUGGAGCAAGCAAACAAUACAGUGGAGAAUAUCGAGGCAGUGUACACGACACUGGCAUUGCUGUGUGUUGAGUUGUCUUCUGAAGAAACAGUUAUGGAAAUGCUGCGCCUUGUUGUCAGCAUUCAGGAUACUGCACUUACAAAUGGAUCACUUAGUGCUGCUCAGAAGUACAACCUGCAUGCUGUGGUGGUGAGCCUGCUGGUACUGAUACCCAAUGUUGUACCUAUUACUCCAUUGAUGGAGUAUGCAGAGAAGGUGAUUGAAGCUCGCCGAAAUGCUGGAGCUAACCACUUGCUGCCAGAAUUACUUGUUCACUAUGACCCUGAUGUGUGUCUGUCUCCAUCACAACUGGGACCAGAUGUGUUGGUAGAUCAAGUGGCAGUUACAGAGAGCCUGAAAGGAGCAGGCUUUGAUGUGUCGAGGCUUCAGCAGGUGACACCUUAUGGGGCUGGUGGUCCACCAGGUGUGAAUGUGGGCCAUAGGCACUCGUGGGUUGAGACUGGGAUGCGGACCAGCGUGGCAGAUUUAAAUUCCUUUCAAGUGGAAGUGGAUAGUGUUUCAUCCUCACCUGGAGUUCAGAAGAAACACCCAGAGGAGGAACUAACAUUUGAAUCAAUGAAGAAACUUCUGUCUGAACCACCAGAGAGUGCUAAAGAGGCAGAAGAAGAAAGAAGGUUGCAGUUGAGUGAGACUUUUCGUACAGCAGAUUUCCAUGAUUUAGUCGAUCGCACACAUGCUAAUAAUGAUAUACUCCAGAACAAGCUGAAUGAGAUUUUCAGUAAGCUGUCGACAGGUUUGUCGGAUGGAAUUCGUCCUCCGGCAACUCCCACGCCAGGAACAAAACAGGAUAAUGAUCCCUUGCAUUCUAACAAUCCACCAACAUAUGAAGUUCUCUUUCCUGAACUCUUUGUGUACUGAUUGCAUCUUUUGUGUAGAAUUAUGAUUUUGUCAACUCUGGUAUAGUUCCUCUGAAUGUAAUUUUAAUUGGCAUUUUUUGAUGUCAUUGUAUCCAAUUAUAUCCACUGUUAUUAAUGGAAACACUUCCUUAUUACACUGAAUGGUAAACUCAUUCUUUUUUUGCUGUUUGUUUUUACUAAAGCAACUGUUUCCUCUUAAAUGGACAUCAGAAAAUAGACUGUAGUCUUUAUCUUCAGUCUUAAGUGCAUGGAAUUUGUUCUUAAUUGCAUGUCCUAAAAUGCAUUGCUUAGGUCUUCGUACACUCGUGCAUUACGUUACAAUCUAAACCAUCAGUCCAAGUGGUGGUGUAGUUUGAAGCACGCUUGCUGUCUUAGACCUAGCAAAUGCUCGGGCAGUUUUUUUAGAAUUAUGUGCAGAGAACAGAUGUUUGUGUUCAUUUCUUAUAUCUGCCCAGAAUUCUACUCAUUACCAUUGUAAUCCGACGAAUGUUGAGUGUCUGAUGUGGGCUGACCACACAUGGAAUAAAUGAUUAGUGGUUGUCGGAACUGAGCAGACUUUGCACAGGGCAGAUGGUGGUGACUCGGUUAAAAUUUGAUUGCAUCAAGAUUACUAGUUUAAAAAAAGGCUGUAUCUUUUGUAACAAUCCUUGUGCUAUACAAGAGAGAUUAUUUUAUUUGCAUUUAAUAUUGAGGAGACAAGGUGAUGAGAAAUAUGUGAUCAAGGAUAUGAAAAUGUAAGAGAAAAUUAAAACUGCAUAGACAUGGAUUCCUUCACUAUGAGAUUGGUAGGCAGAAGCUUGGAAGGUCAAAAAAGCAUAACUGGAUGCAUUAUAAGUAUAUGAUGGAAGUUUUUUGUAUUUUGGUUUUAUUUAACUAUUUCUAAUAUAUGAGCAAAUAAUAUAUCCCUUAUCACAAUUGUAGCUUUAACGUCUCUCAUGGUGGUGGAAUAAUAAACUGAGAUGAAAAAAAAUUGAUGAGGGAUAAAUAAAGAAUGUGAUAAUAUAUAUGUGGUAUGGAUAGCAUGGUAAUGAAUUAUCGUUGUGUCUUUUUCAUAUGUGUGGGACUGUAGCUUGUUUGUAGGUAACCCAUGACAAAUAUUUGAACAGUGCAAGCUGUUGAGAUUUUUGGUUCUCAGAGUGGGAACAUAUUGUCAGUGUGUUAGUCUUCUGGGUUGUGAUGCUGUGUACACUUUCUUUGAAAUUGGUAUUACUGAGAUUGUAUCAGACUGAUAUUGCUAGUGUGUGUUGUAGUUUUCAGUUAUUCUGUAUAUUAUGUACAGUUGUUAUGUUUUAAAAACUUUUGAAAAAGGAA